GCCGCAGCCCCGACGCCUACCAGCCCGUGAUGGCCCAGAACAGCUCGGCGGUUCUGCUGCUCGAGGACUACCUCCCCAUCCUGAGCGUGGACAACAGCUCGCUGCCCAACGGUUCCUCGUCGGGGGCCAACGGACUUGACGACGACGACGACCCGCUGCCGUAUCACGGCGCCGAGCUGGGUCGCUUUCACGAGUGGUACACGGGCAACCUGCACGGGUACCUCAGCAUGACCGUGUGCAUCUUCGGCAUCGUGGCCAACGUGCUCAACAUCAUUGUCCUGACGCGGCGCAACAUGGUGUCCCCGACCAACAGCAUCCUGACGGGACUAGCCGUGGCGGACAUACUGGUCAUCGCCACGUGCCUUCCCUACACCGUGCAGACGCACGUCCUGCCUUCGGCCAGGAGGCAGUCGUACGCCGUGGCCGUGCUCAUCCUCGUCCACGCCCACGUGAGCGUCGUCUUCCACACGGUGUCCACCUGGCUCACGGUGACCCUUGCCGUCUGGCGCUUCCUGACCGUCUCCUUCCCGGCAUCCAGCAAGGCGUGGUGCAGCAUCACUCGUGCCCGAUGGGUCGUGGUUAGCGUCUACCUGACGUGCGCAGUGUGCUGCCUACCUGUGUACCUGUCCUUCACCGUGCACAGGGCCGGCUCGCUCGAGGAUCCUUCGUACAGGGUGGACUUCAGCAACAUCGCCCGCGCCAACGGGGCCUUCCUGCAGAACCUCAACUUCUGGACUUACUCCGUGCUCAUGAAGCUCGUGCCGUGCGUUGCCCUGACGGGCCUGAGUCUCGGCCUCUUGCGUGUCUUAUACAAGGCCAAAGCCCGCAAGAAGCGGCUUCGAGGAGGGGCCAGUGGCAGCUCCCGGAGCAGCGAAGACGCGCGCGACCGAACGACUCGCAUGCUCCUUGCCGUCCUCCUACUCUUUCUCGUCACCGAGUUCCCGUCAGGCAUCGCGGCCCUUCUGAGCGGCAUUCUGGGAGACGACUUCUUUAUACACGUCUACAUGAACUUUGGCGAAGUGAUGGACAUCUUGGCCCUCGUCAACAGUGCCGUCAACUUUGUGCUCUACUGCUCAAUGAGCAGGCAGUUCCGCAAGGUGUUCGCGGCGCUCUUCGCGCCUCGCAUUGGCCAGAGUGUCGAACCGAAAUUUAUAUCGGUUCGGUUCGAGUUCGGGUUCACGGCUUUCGAUUCAGUUCCGGUUCGAUUCCGGGGAGCAAAAAAUAACGGUUCGAACCCGUUAGAACCGCUAAAUUGAGAAUAUUUUUUCCGCGUUGUUUUGGCAAUAAGCACUUUUUCCACCGUGAAACGAAUAACUAUACAGCUUUUUAUCAUUCGUACAAUCCACUUUUAUUUCAAGAACCAAAAAUUAAAAAAAAAAUAGAUCUAUUUACUUUCGACGAAACAGUAAACGAAAAGCUAGAUUAACAUACAACUGGUCAUGCUUAAACGCUCAAGAUCUAGUUGUUUACCUCAGUCUCAUAUAUUUUCCCUGAACUGAUAGGUAUCACGAAGUCUGGUAGGUCGCCUAAAAUACCCGUGUUUGGUACAAAUUUGCGUGGCAGUAUUAAAAGUUGAACCCUAAUUGUGAUGUUGAACUUAAAAAUUAAUUUCAGUGCACGAAAUCAUGGAAUGGGCACCUCAGCGCCAUAUAUAUCGCGAAAUCUAAUUUACGAAAUGCGUUUCACAAUAUAUAUGACGACAACUGAACUAAAAGCAAUCAUAUUUUCACGAUGUCACGAAAGCUUUAGGACAAGCCCUCGCAGUCUACAGUUUAUAGAAAAACUGAGCGGCAAUCACAACGCUUGUUUUUAUGACCAGAAUUGUUCAGACUCAGCACGGGGAUGUAGGCGAAUAAUCAUUCAGAAGAGUUAUCCGAUUGAUCACUCUCAUUUAUCCCUACUUUCAUACUCAGAUCGAAUCUGGCCCAAUAUAGUGCGUACUCAAGUGAACAUUUUCGGCCUAGCUUGGCUGUUGAUGUUCUUGACAAGAUGUCGGUAAAUUUCAUUUGCAAAUAAGUAUCGCACUUGCUAAUUGAUGAGUUUUUGUUAAUUGAAAUAAACGACCUACUAUUUCAUACUCUGA